AUGUCUUUCCAGAACAGAGUAUGUUUUAUUCUUCAAACUAGCGUUGGAGGGGCGGGGGGAAAGGAUCUGGGAAAAAUGGACUCCUUUUUGACGGGAUUUGGAAAAAGGGGAACCCCAACGACCAUUUUUCCUUGUGGUAUUGAGAAGUCACCAAUUUGAUCCAAAAAAAAAAAAAAAAAAAACAGAUCGGGCCUGGAAAGAGACCUAGAGAGAUCUAGAAGAAGCUCUUUUACCUCAACUAGCUUCUUCUGCUCGAAUCAUGGACUACUUGUGGGAUUUUGGGAAAGAUCCCUUUUUUUUUUUUGUUUUUUUCGUUCUUCUUUUUGGUUGGCGAUCAUGCUGGAAAAUUUUCAAGGAGCGCAAUUUUGGGUUAGAAAAGACGACUUUAUAUAUGGGUCGUGUGAGAAUUGACCAGACCUCCCUCCCCAGGCACAGCACAUGAUACCACAUUUUUGUUAUUGUAGUUUCGGCCAAGCAAGCGGUACUAACCACGAUACGUUUUUAGAACUUGUACGAUUUACUCGGCAAUGACGUUGAGGACGACUCUGCUCCAGUUGCUCCAGUCAAGGAAGUUGUCAAGAAAAACACUUCUUCCAAAAAGGCCGAUGCAGCUCCACCCUCUGCUGACCCAGCCAAGGCCAAGAAGAAGUCGAAGCCAACUGGUAACGAGGGAGCUUUGAAGACCAAGAACACCAACAAGGAAGAGCCAGCUCCUCAAUCGACUGCUACCAAGCACCAAAAGAAACCAUUUGACCGUCACUCGAGAACCGGCAAGACCGACUCUAAGAAGAAGCUCCAACAAGGAUGGGGCGAAAGCGAUAACAGAGAGUUGGCUGGCGAAGUUGAAGGUACCGAAGACGCUGUUGCGGACUUGGAAGCCGAAGCCACCGAGGAAACCGACGCUGUCGACAGCACUCCAAAAAAGUCCUUGCAGGAGUUUCUUGCUGAGCAACAGCAGAAACAAAAGGACUUGGACGGGGCCAAGAAGUUGAGACAAGCCAACGAAGGUGCCGAACAAAAAUGGACAUCUGAACAGAGAAUCGAGAGACAAGAGGAAGCGUUCUUUGCUGCCACCCACCAAAAGAAAACAAAGUCCAAAGCACCAAAGGAAAAAGUGCUUUUAGAAAUCGAAGCUACCUUCUUUGACGAGCAACCAUCAUUCAGAAACAACCACAGCAAAAACGACAACAACAACAACAACAGCUCCAGAGGCGGAUUCAGAGGAAACAAGAGAGGUGGCCCAAGAGGCGGUGCCAGAGGCGGCGCCAGAGGUGGCCAGGGUGAAGCCAGAGGUGGCCAGGGUGAAGCCAAGGCCGGUUUCAACGAAAAGAACUUCCCAUCUUUGUAA